AUGCCUUCAACUCGAGUCUUCAGUCGUAUCGGCGCUGCGUUGAUUCUCGCUGCCGGCAGCGUGAAUGCCGCAUAUACUCUUGCCGAUUCAUAUGACCACACAAAUUUUUUCUCAGAGUUCAGCUUCUUUUCUGGCGCUGACCCAACCAACGGCCUGGUCACAUAUCAGAGUGCUUCUGCUGCCAACAAAACUGCGCUUGCUGGGUAUACCAACAACGCUGGUGUUAAUUCUGUUUAUCUCGGAGUGGAUCACACUACCUCACUCUCAGAAACUGCCGGAAGAGCUUCAACUCGUGUUAGCUCUAAAAAAGCAUACACACAUGGCCUGUUCAUCGCUGAUGUUGCUCACAUGCCAGAGGGAUGUGGGACUUGGCCUGCUCUAUGGAGCUUCGGGCCCUCGUGGCCUGCGAAUGGAGAAAUCGACGUGAUUGAAGGAGUCAAUGCCGGAACCACAAAUCAAAUGACUCUUCAUACCUCGCAAGGGUGUGUCAUGAGCAAUAGCGGAUCUGAUUCCGGAACAACUCUUGUUGGUUCAGACUGCAACGCGGGUGGUGGAAACACAGGUUGUGGCCAGACAGUCAAAAACACAGCAACCUAUGGUCCAGGCUUUAACGCAGCAGGAGGCGGGGUCUACGCUUGGGAAUGGACAUCAUCCUACAUUGCCAUCUACUUUUUCUCCCGUACAGCUAUUCCGGCAAACAUUCAAUCUGGCAAGCCAGAUCCCGCUGCUUGGGGAACGCCGAUUGCCAAAUUCUCUGGCAGUGGUUGCAACAUCGACAGUCACUUCAACUCACACAACAUUAUCCUCGACACCACGUUCUGCGGAGAUUGGGCUGGGCAAGUUUGGUCAAGCGGUGGUUGCGCAGCUAGCACUAAAGCUGCCACUUGCAAUGCUUAUGUUUCUUCUAAUCCAACUGCAUUUAACAAUGCUUACUGGAUCAUCAACUCGAUCAAGGUCUUCUCAAGCUAA